AGGGACUACGGUGGCAAUAUCAGGUUCAGCGGGCAGGUCACUACGAUAAAGUGCUUUGAGAACAACCCGCUUGUGCGAAAGGCACUUGAAGAGGGUGGAGAAGGGCGGGUGCUCGCAGUGGACGGGGGUGGCUCUCUGCGCUGUGCCCUCCUUGGUGACAACAUUGCUGAGAUGGCCUACAAGAAUGGCUGGAGCGGGAUCCUCAUCAAUGGCUGUAUAAGAGACUCUGAAGACAUUGGCAAGAUGCCCUUGGGCGUUAAGGCAUUAAACACCUAUCCCUUGAAAAGCUCCAAGCGUGAUCACGGUCUGACGAAUGUGCCAUUGACGUUCGCUGGAGUCCAAAUUUCACCAGGCGACUACCUCUAUGCUGACAAGGAUGGCGUUCUGGUGUCCCCAAAAGAGCUGAAAUAA